GCGACGUGUGAAGACAUGGAGAUUGUAAGACGGAUAGUUUAGACCUCCCAGACUCGAUGCGAUAUGGCGAUCUCGUCUACCCGUUGCGAGCUUCGUUCUCAUCACCAUCACUCGCCAAUCGCCCCGUGGCAGCACGCAAUGGACAAGAAGGAUGCGCAGAACCUCGUCUGCGGCGGCAUUGCUGGUUGCGCAUCUCGCACUUCUGUGGCUCCGUUAGAGCGUCUGAAAAUCCUGUUCCAGGUGCAGGACUACAUUAAGAAGGAUGGAGGAGAAGCCGCUGUCCAAAUCAAGUACCGCAGUGUCGGGCAGUCUCUACGUCAGAUCCACGCAGAGGAAGGCUUGCGAGGCUACUUCAAGGGAAAUGGCGCCAACUGUGUACGCGUGUUCCCGUAUGUAGCCAUCCAGUUCGCUGCUUUUGAAAAGCUCAAACCACUCCUCAUCUCCGAAGGUGCUGAGACGCUUAGUCCGCUACAGAAGCUCUUUGGCGGUGCUAUCGCUGGUGUUGUGUCGGUUUGUAUCACGUACCCAUUGGACGCGGCUCGUGCGCGUCUGACAGUGCAGGGAGGACUGGCCAACACCGCUCAUACCGGUAUUUUCAAUGUGCUAUCCACUGUGGUACGAACCGAGGGUUUGCGUGGCGUCUAUCGAGGUGUACUACCCACAAUUUGGGGUAUUGCGCCCUACGUUGGCCUGAAUUUCACUGUGUUUGAGACGCUUCGUACUACAGUGCCACGAAACGAGAACGGAGAGCCUGAUACCAUGUAUCUCCUGGCUUGUGGAGCACUUGCAGGUGCGUGUGGCCAGACAGCGGCCUACCCGAUGGACAUCCUCCGUCGUCGCUUCCAGUUGAGCGCUAUGCGUGGAGGUGCGACCGAGUACACGAGUACACUUGGCGGUCUCCGCACGAUCGUCCGAGAGGAGGGAGUUCGUGGCCUGUACAAAGGUCUGGCCCCGAACUUCAUCAAAGUGGUGCCAUCUAUUGCCAUCAUGUUCACUUCCAACGAAUUGAUGAAGCGUGUCAUCAAAAAAUACGACUUGUGACCAAAAAUGCCGUGAAAUAGAGCAAAAUUGAGCUUAGAUACACAGUGUCUUCAGUCUCAAUUUAUUGACUAG